UCUGGACAGGACCAGGGCUUACACCAGAGAGAGGAAUCAGCCUUUGGAACUGACCUUCAGAGCUCUGCUGAAAAGCCCUCCAGCACCAUGCCUUACAACUUCUGCCUUCCCAACCUGAGCUGCCGCUCCACCUGCUGCUCCCGGCCCUGCGUGCCCCCCAGCUGCCACACCUGCACCCUGCCCGGGGCCUGCAACAUCCCCGCCAACGUGGGCAACUGUGGCUGGUUCUGCGAGGGCUCCUUCAAUGGCAGCGAGAAGGAGACCAUGCAGUUCCUGAACGACCGCCUGGCCAGCUACCUGGAGAAGGUGCGCCAGCUGGAGCGGGAGAACGCGGAGCUGGAGACCAGGAUCCGGGAGUGGUGCCAGCAGCAGGUGCCCUUCGUGUGCCCCAGCUACCAGUCCUACUUCCGGACCAUCGAGGAGCUCCAGCAGAAGAUCCUGUGCAGCAAGUCUGAGAACGCCAGGCUGGUGGUGCAGAUCGAUAAUGCCAAACUGGCUGCGGAUGACUUCAGAACCAAGUAUGAGACGGAGAUGGGCUUGAGGCAGCUGGUGGAGUCAGACAUCAACGGCCUGCGCAGGAUCCUGGAUGAGCUGACUCUGUGCAAGUCCGAUCUGGAGGCCCAGGUGGAGUCCCUGAAGGAGGAGCUGCUGAGCCUCAAGCAGAACCAUGAGCAGGAAGUCAACACCCUGCGCUGCCAGAUCGGAGACCGCCUCAACGUGGAGGUGGACGCGGCCCCCACCGUGGACCUGAACCGCGUGCUCAACGAGACCAGGAGCCAAUAUGAGGCCCUGGUGGAGACCAACCGCAGGGACGUGGAGGAAUGGUUCACCACCCAGACCGAGGAGCUGAACAAGCAAGUGGUGUCCAGUGCGGAGCAGCUGCAGUCCUGCCAGGCGGAGAUCAUCGAGCUGAGACGCACGGUCAACGCCCUGGAGAUUGAGCUGCAGGCCCAGCACAACCUGAGGGACUCCCUGGAGAACACGCUGACGGAGACCGAGGCGCGCUACAGCUCCCAGCUGGGCCAGGUGCAGUGCAUGAUCACCAACGUGGAGUCCCAGCUGGCCGAGAUCCGCUGUGACCUGGAGCGGCAGAACCAGGAGUACCAGGUGCUGCUGGACGUCAAGGCCCGGCUGGAGUGUGAGAUCAACACGUACCGGGGCCUGCUGGAGAGCGAGGACUGCAAGCUUCCCUGCAACCCCUGCGCCACGACCAAUGCGUGUGACAAGCCCAUCGGGCCCUGCGUCACCAAUCCCUGCGCCCCGUGUGGCCCACGCUCCCGCUGUGGGCCCUGCAACACCUUUGGGUGCUAGAUAUCCAGGGGCCAGCAAGAGGAUUGCAUGAAGACAGAGGGGCCAUCGAUGGGCCAGCCCUGCUUCUCUGACGAGCAUCAGCCACAGGAGCCAGCCCCAGGCAUCCCUAUAAAUCACGAUCUGGAAGGAGAGCAAGCGCCCAGGUGUGGCCCGGCACUGAGCCCAGCCCACCUGACCCUCAUCAUUCAAGGCUGCUCUCUUGUAGUUAUGCUGUGACCUGAUGGUCUGCCAGGUCUGGGCUGUGAAGGUGUCAUACGACGUGUGUUGUGGUUCUCUCUGUUGCUUUGACCUUCCUUGCAGUUCCCCGAAUCCCUUUGUAAAUCUAAUAAACUUUCCUCUUGCAAAGCA